UCAGCAGCAUGAACCAAACCUUUGACCAUUUAAAAUCUUUUAAAAUAAACAAGACCCCUAACAUUAAAGGGACUAAAUAAAAGGAUAAUUAGGUGGACUUCGCGGUUGUUUCUUUUGAUGUAGAUAUAAAAUAAUCACAGCCCCAUGAUUCAACAUUUGGCUGAUCCAAAGAUAGGAAACAGUUUUUAAUCUUUGGAAUUAAAUAGUUAAAUGAAUGCUACUUCCUCUCAGGGAAGUUAACAAUGGUUUUUCUUCUCCACAUAAGGAACCAACGAAAUCCAGAAGAUCAAGAAUGUUUUGCAUCCCUACUGGCUGGAAAACAAUGAUGAAGCUCUAAUGGAGGACAAGAAAGCAAAUAUAAUAGCUGUUACAAUUAUCAUCAGCCUCAUCAUUUUUAUCAUCGUUGCUCGCGUAUCAUUGAAACUUUCCAGAGCUUUCUUCCUCAUUGCGGGGGCAGAUAUUGCAGUAAUCCUUGCAGUAUUUGUGUGUCUUGUAAUUAGAGGGCGGUAUCAUCGCAGAAGGAAAUUGUUAGAGAAGAAACUGGUAUCAGAAGGUCGAGAGCUUCGAAUAGAGUAUAGUUUUCUCAGAAAGGUAGCUGGUGUUCCAAUAAAGUUUAGGCACAAAGAGCUUGAGGAUGCAACAGAUAAUUUCCGAGCGCUGCUGGGCCAAGGUGCUUCUGCUUCAGUAUUCAAAGGCAUCCUAAGUGAUGGCACCUCUGUUGCUGUGAAGCGAAUUGAAGGUGAGGAGCAUGGGGAGAAGGAAUUUAGAUCUGAAGUUGCUGCAAUUGCAAGUGUGCAACAUGUAAAUCUUGUGCGCCUUAUGGGGUAUUGCUGUCUUCCUGGAGGACCUAGGUUCCUUGUUUAUGAAUUCAUCCCAAAUGGUUCAUUGGAUUGUUGGAUCUUCUCCAGAAGGGAGACUAGAAGUCGUCCUGGAGGUUGCUUGUCAUGGGACUUAAGGUACAGAGUUGCUAUUGAUGUGGCUAAGGCACUCUCUUACCUACAUCAUGAUUGCCGGUCAAGGAUAUUACACCUUGAUGUCAAGCCAGAAAAUAUACUUCUUGAUGAGAAUUUUAGAGCAAUUGUGGCAGAUUUUGGUCUUUCAAAGUUGAUCGGAAAAGAUGAGAGCAGGGUCAUUACAACAAUCAGGGGGACUAGAGGUUAUUUGGCCCCGGAAUGGCUCUUGGAGCGUGGAGUUUCAGAGAAGUCUGAUAUCUAUAGCUAUGGAAUGGUUCUUCUGGAGAUGAUUGGAGGCCGAAGAAAUGUUAGUGUGAUUGAAAAUGGAACUGAUAGGUCUCAAAGGAAAUGGCACUACUUUCCUAAAAUUGUGAGGGACAAACUAAGAGAAGGUAAGCUAAUGGAAGCUGUUGAUCACAGGCUAGUUGAAGCAGAAGGUAUUGAUGAGAGGCAAGUAAAAAGAAUGGUUUAUGUAGCUUUGUGGUGCAUACAAGAGCGGGCAAAACUAAGGCCUAGCAUGGCACAAGUGGUUGAGAUGCUUGAAGGGCGUGUGCCAGUAGAUGAACCCCCAGAAACACAAAUGCUUGUUGUCGAUUUGCUAUCGAUAGAUGAAGAGGAUUCUUCUUGUCCUGACAGGCCAAGAAUUGGUGUCAUGGGAUCACAUGCGGACUGCAACCUUCCUAGCUCAUCUUCAUCCUCAUUUUCAAUGUCUGUGCUAUCUGGACGGUAACUCCCUCUAAUUAGUACCAUAGUUUGAUUCAGCUAGAGAUUCACCAUUUUUAUUCUUCGCAAAUAGUUCCACCUACAAGGGAAAUCUGUAACAAAAAUAAAAAAGGAAUUUUGAAGAGAUCAACAGUAUUAGAUCUUCUUUUCCUUUCUCCUUUCUCAACACAGCUAAUCUUCAGCAAAAUGCUGAAUGUGUAACAAGGUUUUACUUGAUUUCUCAGUCAUAAUCCUCCUGGAUGAUGGCUCUACAGUGUUAUAUACAUAUGAUUUAUUCUUUCUAAUGAUUUCAUAUCUUUGUCUCUGUAGCAAUUCCAGAACAAAAACAGAAAAGAAUACAACUAAUGUUUGGUCUAACAUAACACUCAGCCCCAUGUCUACAAGGAGAAGAUGGUGGCGGAAAAAUGGAGUCAUUGACACUGGUCUUGGCCGACGGUGGGGAACUUUUCCCUCGCCUUUGGUUCUUAAACACCCUUUGUUGGCAGAUCAUUGAAUGUU